AUGAACCUGCACAGGGAUAAAGAGGCAAGGAAACGCCAAUCUGAUGAUAACAUUUCCUCAGAGCUCACCGCCACACUGCCCUCGCACCCACCUUCGAGGCUGGAGACUGAGCCCGGGGCCUUGUGCAAGGUGGCAAUGGUCCAACCUGGCUUCCUGCUCUUCCUCAUGGUGGCUGCCCAAAAGUGCAGUUCAGCUGGCCUGUAUUUUCUUUGCACCAAUGGUGUCAUCUACCGGACCUUCUGUGACAUCACCACUGCGGGUAGAGGCUGGACCCUGGUGGCCAGUGUGCAUGAGAACAACAUGCAUGGGAAAUGCAUGGUGGGAGAUUGGUAGACCAGUCAGCAAGGCAACAGAAAAGACUAUCCUGAGGGCAGCUGGGCCAACUCUAACAACUUUGGGUCUGCAGAGGCGGGCAUAAGUGGUGAUUACAAAGUUGUGUUGGUUGCUUUCCGGAACCCUGGCUACUAUGACAUCCAGGCCCUGGACCUGGGCAUCUGGCAUGUGUCCAAGAAUAGCCCCAUGGAGAACUGGAAGAAUAGGUCCCUGCAGAGGUACCGCACUGAAACUGGCUUCUUCCAGAGGUUGGGACACAAUCUGUUUGGCCUCUACCAGAAAUACCCAGUGAAAUAUGCAGCAGGAAAGUGAAGGACUGACAAUGGCCCUGUGACACCUGUGGUCUAUAAUUUUGGUGAUUCCCAAAAGGCAGCACUGUAUUAUUCACCCAGGGUUUGGAAUGAAUUCACUGCAGGAUUUGUCUACUUCAGAGUAUUUAAUAAUGAGAGAGCAGCCCAUGCCUUAUGUCCUGGAGUAAAGGUCACUGGAUGUAACACUGAGCAUGGGAGUCUUUGUCACUGCACUGGUGGAGAAGGAUUCUUCCCAGAGAGGAAUCCUAUGCAGUGCAGAGAUUUGUCUGGGAAUGGAUAUGGAACUCAUAUUGGAGGGAGUAGCAGCCAGGAGGUAACUGAAGUAGCUGUGCUUCUGUUCUAUCGCUGA